AUGGCCCCUCGUGGGCUCAGGUCCUUCUUCAAGAUAUUGCUUGACCGUUCUGCCCCUCACCUUGAAUUGCCACCCGGAUUUGUCCGCAAGCACUUGAAGAAGAAGAUCCCUGAGAACCCAAUACUCCUAUCAAGAAAUGGAGAGUAUGAAUGGAGAUUGAAGAUAAAAAAAGAAGGUGAAAUCUACUGCUUUACCGAUGGAUGGAGCGACGUCGUUGAAGAUAGCGACUUGGGAUUUGGGGAUUUUCUUGUGUUUUGGCUCGUUGAUGAAUCCACCUUCAAACUUUCAAUUUUCAGUCCAAAUGGGUGCGAAAAAAACUUCCCCUUAAAAAUCCAUGAUGACACUGAUGAAGAAGAAGAAGAAAAGGAAGAAGAUAAUUAUGAUGAUGACGGUGGCAAUGGAGUAGAAUAUGAGGAGGAUGAGGAUGACGAUGGUGGUGAUAUUGAUGGGGAUGACGGGGAUCCUUACUUUAUGAAGAUUAUAUCUAAAGACAAAUAUACUUUGCGAUUUCCGUUGGAAUUUUCUCGGUUGACCGGACUAAAAGCAGGAAGAAGCAUAAAUAUGAAGAAUAUUGAGGGAAAGGAGUGGCCCAUGAAGUUAUGUUUACAGGGCGGUAUUAAAUAUACAAGAUACUAUUUAUCAGGGGGUUGGAGUGAAUUUAAGCGGGCUAAUGAGUUAUGUGAAGGAGAUAAAUGUGUGUUCAAGUUUCUCAAAAGGGAAGAUAAGUUCUGUCUAGCAAAAGUCACCAAGAAAAGUGAAGUCUUGAAGAGGAGGUCGGGAAGGCAGCCGCCACGCGUGGUGGUGGAGCGGCCAGCAGGAAAAGCUCCGGCAGCUCAAGUUUCAAUGAGAUCGAGAGGGCGGCAGGUGGUGAUGGGUUUAAAGGCGUGGUCCACGAAGUUGGAUGGUAAAGCUCCGGUGGUUGAAGGAUUGAAGAGGAAGAAAGGGCGGCCGCCACGUAUGGAGGUACGUGUGGAGGUGGUGUUGGGUUUAAAGGUGUGCUCCACAGACGAGACGAAGUUCAGACCACGUGGAAGGCCAUUUACGAAGAAACGGCUCAAUGUUGAUAAGUAA